UGCUCGCGCACGUCUCAUCCCCCCUUUUGAGUACCGCACUAAGUCUUAUUCUGGGGUGUCGGGAGCGUCGCGGCGCUCACACGAACGACGCACUGCACGAUAGCGACGCGCGGCUCCCCAUUUAGGCCCAGUGCUCCGAACUCAGUGCUCCAUUUUCGAUCCAGAGACCCUUAAAGGGCCCAGCAAAAAUUCCAGGCGAAAAUGGCUUCUUCCAGUGCCGUAGCUAGAAGUUCCAAGUACUCGUACAGGUCCAGUGGUACCCAGGGCGGUGCCGACGUCAGCAUCGAAUACAGUGCUGAUUUGACGGCUCUCAGCAGGCUCGAGGAUAAAAUUCGUCUUCUACAAGAUGACCUCGAAGUAGAAAGAGAACUCAGAUCGAGAAUCGAAAGAGAAAAAGCCGACCUGAGCGUCCAAGUCAUCCAACUUUCCGAACGUCUAGAAGAAGCUGAAGGUGGCGCCGAAAGUCAGUUCGAAAUCAACAAAAAACGCGACACCGAACUGCUGAAGCUGCGCAAACUGCUCGAAGAUGUGCACAUCGAGUCGGAAGAAACUGCCGCCAUCCUGAAGAGGAAACACCAAGAGAUCGUGGUGGAUUUCCAGGAACAAAUCGACACACUUGCCAAGGCCAAAUCUAGGGCCGAAAAAGAAAAAUCAAAAUUCCAAAGCGAAGUCUACGAACUCUUGUCGCAAGUGGAGAGCCUGAACAAGGAGCGCAUCGUUUCGAUCAAGCAUUCGGAAAAAUUGGAAGUCACCAUCAACGAGCUGAACAUCAGAAUUGAAGAAUUGAACCGUACCGUUGUUGACAUCACUUCGCACAAGCAACGCUUAUCUCAAGAAAACUUGGAACUCACCAAAGAAGUACAAGACAUCAAGGUCAAUCUCGAAAACGCCAUCUACCUCAGAAGUCAAUUGGCCGGUCAACUAGACGACGCCCGUCGUCGCGCCGAAGAUGACGAAAGAAGACGCUCUAUUUUGGAAGCCAACCUUCAUCAAGUUGAAGUUGAACUUGAAUCUGUCAGAGUCCAACUCGAAGAAGAAAGCGAAGCCAGGCUAGAUCUUGAAAGACAACUAGUCAAAUCUCAAGGAGAAGUUCAAGUAUGGAGAUCGAAAUUCGAAAGCGAAGCAUCAGCUCGUGCCGAAGAAGUAGAAGAAUUACGUCGCAAGUUCAGCGCCCGUCUUCAAGAGCAAGAAGAACACAUCGAAGCACUCCUGGUCAAGACCAACAACUUGGAGAAGCAAAAGUCGCGCUUGCAAUCCGAAGUGGAGGUGCUCAUCAUCGACUUGGAAAAGGCCAACAACACCGCCAGGGAACUGCAAAAGCGCGUCGAACAGUUAGAAAGAAUUAACAUCGAUUUGAAGAGUCGCUUGGACGAGACCGUUCAAUUGUACGAACAAACCCAGAGGGAGUUGAGGGUUAAGGUUAGCGAAUUGCAAAGAACAGUGCACGAAUUGGACAAAACUAGGGAGCACAAAGAUGCUUUGGCUAGGGAAAAUAAGAAAUUGGCUGAUGACUUGGGUGAUGCCAAAGCCACCAUUAGCGAACUCACUCGUCGUUUGCACGAAAUGGAACUCGAACUUCGUCGUUUGGAAAACGAACGCGAAGAGCUUACAGCAGCUUACAAAGAAGCUGAAGCUGGCAGGAAAGCUGAAGAGCAACGCUCGCAACGUUUGUCCGCUGAACUGGCCCAGUUCCGUCACGAAGCUGAAAAACGUUUGGCUGAAAAGGACGAGGAAGUUGAAGCUAUUCGCAAAGCGACCAGCAUUGAAAUCGAACAGCUCAGCGCCCGUGUUGUCGAAGCCGAGACCCGUCUCAAAACCGAAGUGACUCGCAUCAAGAAGAAGCUCCAAAUCCAAAUCACCGAGUUGGAAAUGUCGCUGGACAGCGCCAACAAGACCAACAUCGAUUUGCAAAAGACGAUCAAGAAACAAUCGUUGACGCUCACCGAGAUCCAGGCGCACUACGACGAAGUCCAGAGGCAAUUGCAAGUCACUCUGGAUCAACUCAGUGUGGCUUCCAGAAGAGUGCAAGCUUUGACCGCCGAAGCUGAAGAAAUUAGGGGCAACUACGAAGGUGCCCUCCGCGGUAAGAAACACGCCGAACAAUUGUACGAAGAAGCCAGCACUCGCAUCAACGAAUUGACCACGAUCAACGUCAACUUGGCCUCGUCCAAGAGCAAAAUCGAGCAGGAAUUGUCUACCGUAGUGGCCGACUACGACGAAAUCACCAAAGAAUUGAGAAUUUCCGACGAACGUUACCAACGCGUCCAGGCCGAAAUCAAGCACACCGUCGAAAUUCUCCACGAAGAACAAGAACGUGUCGUCAAAAUUGAAGCCAUCAAAAAAUCUUUGGAAAUCGAGGUCAAGAAUUUGUCGGUGCGUUUGGAGGAGGUCGAGGCUAACGCCAUUGUCGGUGGUAAGAGGAUCAUCAGCAAAUUGGAAGCGCGUAUUCGCGACAUGGAAGCCGAAUUAGAUGAAGAAAAACGUCGUCACGCUGAAACCAUCAAAAUCCUUCGCAAAAAGGAGCGCACCGUUAAAGAAGUCAUGAUUCAAUGCGAAGAAGAUCAGAAAAACAUUGCCUUGUUGCAAGAGACCUUGGACAAAUCCAACCAGAAGCUGGUCUUGUUCAAGAGACAGCUUCAAGAACAGGAAGGAAUGUCGCAACAAUCUGUCACCCGUGUACGACGUUUCCAAAGGGAACUUGAAGCAGCCGAAGAUCGUGCCGACACUGCCGAAAGCAGUUUGUCUUUGAUCCGUGCCAAACAUCGUACUUUCGUCACCACCAGCUCAGUACCUGGCAGUCAAGUAUAUUUGGUUCAAGAAAGCCGAACCACCACCGAGAUGUAAACGCACCCUUAGCUUUUUAACGCCCACAAAAAAAUUUAAAAAAGUUUUACCUUUAUAAUAUUCAUCGUUCGUGCACAUAAUAAUAAUAAUAAUAAUAAUAAAUAAAUUGAUCUUAGAUGUAUAAGUACAUUAUAUUAUAUAUCCUAUACCACUCUCUUUGAUUGUGUUUUUUUUUUUAUAAUUUAAUUGUAAUAAUAAUAACAACGUAAUUUUUGAAACGUACAAAAGUUGAAUUUGUAGGUUUCAGAAAUGAGGGCUGUGGCCUUUUGAUGAUGAUUUUUUUUUUUAGAGAUGCAGGGGUAAAUAUAUUUGUAAGUUUGAAUGUACUGUGUAAGAAUUAAAAAAUUUAAAAUAAAGUUGCUUGUAUAACAGUAAUUGUUAGUUGUUUUCCUUGUUCCUGUUUUCCCUUUAUCGAGAUAAGAUCCGAUGAAAUUUCAAAUUUUUUUUUUGUCGAGAUUUUGUAUCCUAA